AUGUUCAGGAAUCCUCGAGAAAAUGCCGAUCUAGACAUCCUCAAAGCCCUGCCGUCGACCGGUCGGCCACCUACUCCGCCUCCGAAUGGUAGCCACACGCAGCAGACCAACUCCUCUCCAUACCUUCCUCCAGCUGGCGCAACGCCGAGUAACAAGGCACCGAUGAACAAAACUCCGGUUCUCGGCCGUCAGCCACCCUCCAGGAUACCCAGCUCAAAGAAGGGUGGCUCUCGUCCGAACCAGAGUAUCCUCACAUUCUUCGGGAAGGCCGACAAGAAUGAGCAGAAUGCGGUUGAUACCAAGGCCAACGCUCCCUUGUUCUUCAAAGAUGCGCAUCAGUCCGUCGAAGAGCCAGUCUUAGCGGGGCGGAGUUCACCAAGAGUGGCAGAGGAAUCGCCUACGAGGUACAAUGAGGAUGACGGCCCUGUCAAGAGGAGACGGACUGUGGAAGACGAAGGCGAAUUCAUGAUUCGAACACCUUCUCCCGAACGCAGGAGCUCGACCCAUGUGGAUGACACAGGCAACCCUUCAGAGGUUCAGAAGAAGGAUGCGAAGCCAAGUAAGCACCGAGGUGGCUUUCUGGACGAUUCAAGCGACGAGGAAGACGAAAAUUGGGGCGCUACCGUUAACACAGUCGCGGAACCCCCUGAUGCUGAUGAUCAAAUGGAACAAGACGACUCUGGUGCAUUAAACAAUGUUGAUGUCGCGGCAGGAUCCACAACAUCCAAAGUACCAUUGAAGCCGCCUGACAUGAGCAACAAUGAAACAACAGAACACGACCAGCAUCCACGGACAGUAGGCGAGGGUGGGGCUAUACCGGCGCUUGCGCGUGAAGGCACCAGCAUGUUCAACGCUGGGGAUUUCGGCGACGAAGAGUUUGAAGACGAUGAAUUCUUCGAGGGUGGGGAGGAGUUCAUGGAGCGGCGGUGGAUGGAAGAGCAACGCGAAAUGGGUUUGGAUUUUGACGAGGAUUCGAAGUCCGAAGCCGACAGCGUGAGAACUCCCCGCAGCAAUUUCGAAGAUGAUGCACAACUCGAGAUAGAACAAGGAGAUGGAGUCUCUAUGUGUCCAAUCUGUAGCGGCAGCAUGAAGGGACUUUCCGAACAGCAGGCAUCAUCGCAUGUCAAUGCAUGUCUUGACGGCAAGGCUGAGCCCUUGCUGACAGAGACUCAAUCGAGACCGUCAUCUCCAAAGCCAAUGCCCAAAUCAACUGGCCCGAAUGGUUCCGAAGGUCCAAUGCCAAAGCGCUUUCAACGAGCAGCGAUCCCUCGCCCUGCCCAGUCGAACCCUUUUGCCGUGGGCGGAAACAAAGGUGGGUCAGCUUUCAGUCGGCUGAUGUCUGGACACGCAGAAGACGCGGCCUGGGCAGAAGCCGCGUCAAACGAAAUGCAGUCUCGGGGGAAGCCUGCAUAUCAGAGGACGUGCCCGUUCUACAAAAUCAUGCCGGGGCUCUACAUCUGCGUCGACGCAUUCCGGUAUGGAAAAGUCGAGGGUCAAAAUGCCUACUUUCUCAGCCAUUUUCACAGCGACCACUACAUCGGCCUCACGUCGUCUUGGAGCCACGGUCCGAUAUAUGCCAGCAAAGUCACCUGCAACCUUAUGCUUCAGCAACUGAGAGUCGAUCCCAAGUGGGUCAUUCCGCUCGAAUUCGAGAAGAAGGUCGAAGUACCGAACACGAACGGGGUCUUCGUCACCAUGAUCCCUGCCAACCAUUGCCCCGGGUCCUCGUUGUACCUCUUUGAAAAGGUCACAGGCAAGAACCGUGACGGCUCACCUAAGUCGACUCGGAUCCUGCAUUGUGGCGACUUCCGAGCCUGUCCAGCUCAUGUCAGUCACCCGCUGUUGAGACCCGAUGUGGUGGACAGUAUCUCUGGGCAGGUCAAACAGCAGACCAUCGACACUUGCUACCUUGACACGACCUACUUGACGCCCAAAUAUGCAUUUCCAAGCCAGCACGACGUCAUUGACGCCUGCGCUCAAAUGUGCGUGAGUCUGUCGAAAGAGAUAGCAGACCCGAAUGACAGCUGGGAAAAGACCAAGCUGGAACGAGCCGGCAGCACAAUGAAGAAAUUUCUCGAGCAGGGCGAAUCCAGUCCGGUCAAAGACGAAGAGGACCCGGACAAGAAAGUCAAAAAGCGAGGCCGGUUGCUCGUUGUGAUUGGGACGUACUCGAUCGGCAAGGAGAGGAUAUGCUUGGGCAUUGCUAGGGCCUUGGGAUCGAAAAUAUACGCACCGCCGUCAAAGAUGCGGAUAUGUCAGUGCUUGGAGGACGACGAGCUCAAUUCGCUGCUGACUAGAAACCCGCUGGAGGCGCAGGUGCAUAUGCAGACGUUGAUGGAGAUACGGGCGGAGACGCUGCACGACUACAUGAUGACUUAUAAGGGUCAUUUUGGGAGGGUUGUCGGGUUCAGGCCGACGGGUUGGUCGUAUCGACCACCUACGUCGCGGUUUACCGAGAACCCGGCUGUGAAUACGGUGUUGACGUCGGAGGGUUGGAAAUCUCGGUACACCAUGCGCGACCUCGCUCCUCAGCGUGGGAGUACGCGGGAGUCCAAUUGCUUUGGUGUGCCGUACUCGGAGCACAGCUCGUUCAGGGAGUUGACUAUGUUUUGUUGCGCAUUGAGGAUCAAUCGGAUUGUGCCGACUGUGAACGUGGGUAGUGCAAGAAGCAGAGAAAAGAUGAAAAGCUGGAUAGAGAAGUGGGAUGCUGAGAAGCGCAAAAACGGACUUUUCAAGGUUGAGGUUGGCGCGGAUGGAUGGGGUAGUGGUGAUGGGAAGCUACGAUAUGGGGUGUAG